AUGGCGCGCAUCGGCGGGAGAUCACAUACUCUUAAAUAUGAUGAUAACUUCAUUCAAUUCUACGCAGCAGACAUUAAAAGACAAUCGAGUCAGUUCAAAAACGAGCAUAUCGGGUUUAUUGUCCAUGCCCACUGCUGGGCUCUUCUCAACCACGUCAUACCAACAACUUUGGUUGAAAAGAAAAUGGACAAAUUUAUUUGUGUUGCGCAAGACUACUGGCGCGACAAUAAAUCGUGGGGAAGUACUAGCUCCCCGCUCCGGCUUGAGAAGUAUUCUGGCAAGUGUCUAGGGUCUAUGCCUCGGUGGAAGUACGGGAGCGAUAUCUACAAGAAUCCUCUCAUAGUGUCCGGGGUUCAAAAAGCAAUUGACACAGCAAAGAAGUACAAGCAGAGACAUAUUCAACCCCGUUGCAGUAAUUAUAGUAACGUUCCCUUGGAUAUUGCGAUUCUGAUCGCCGAGUGGAUUUGCCCCAUUGACUAUACUCCGGCUGAUGUGAGGAACACGAGAAAUAUGCUUUCUGCAUGGCAGUGGGAAUUGCCUGAUGGGUUUUGGAAGAGGUGGCUAAGAGAGGAGGAUAUAAUAUUUGAAUUGGAAGCACCCAGGGAGGUCAACUAUUCAAUCGAUUGGCAGAGCCUACGGCUUGAUUUGAUGGCUCUUGUUUCUGAUCGGCGGUAUGUCUCGAGUGGCUUGGUGAAUCGUGUGCGAGUCCUUGGCUUUAUGACUGCCAUUGCGUCGGAUUUUCUCGACAUGCACUGA